AACGUCAUGGGUAGAACACCGGAAUCGUGGCCGCAGAAGUUCUCCACAAUGGAAUUCGACGCUCGCAUAUGGAAACGAACCAACGGCAUCACGAGCGACCUGAACGGAGUCAAGGACAUCAUCGAUCAGGCGAGGACCGAGGCGCAGGAUGCCAGGAGGGCAGCAGAGGAGAUUCAAGAUGAUAUGGCCGAGGUGGACAUGGAGGUGGUCAGUAUCAGGAACGACCUCGAAGGGAUGCACUUGACCAAUAGCCAAUUCGAGCAGGUCACCGGUAACAGUAUGCCAGAUUUCGAGACAUCUCAGGACAAGUGCGGCCUCAACCCCGUGACCGUCCAGAACACAAACGAUCUGGAAAACACAGAAAAGCAGCGGUAG